CUCUUCGAGGACACCAACCUGUGCGCCAUCCACGCCAAACGUGUCACCAUCCAGAGCAAGGACAUCCAGCUUGCCCGCCGUCUCCGAGCAUGGUAUAUAAGCCCAAGCAGCACUUCUCAGAACUCCAGACACGCUAGUGACUUGAGCCCUGCUCUAUUGCUCUCUCGCUCGAUAUGCAGUUGUGCAAUAGCUAACGCUUAUCUGUAUAUAGGGUCGUCAAUCGUCCAAGGCCAAGAAGGCCUCCACUCUUGCCGGUGA